CAGAGACAGAGGGUGCAGAGCUCACGGCAAAGCAAGCACAGCCUCUUCUGAUAAAGGAUGCUCGAGUCGUCUAACAGCGACGCCAAAUGUGCCAAGAUCCGCUAUGACUUUGUGGCCCGAAACGCCAACGAGCUGACAGUCCAGAAGGGUGAGGUGCUACAGGUGCUGGACAGUGAAAAGCAGUGGUGGCUUCUGAGGAACCGCAGCGGUCAGCUGGGCUAUGUGCCCUGCAACGUGCUGGAGGAGGUCAAAGCGGGAGAGCCGCAGUAUAACCGUGCUGCGCUCUUCAGCAGCCAGGCAGCAAAUCCAUACAAAGCUAGCUCUCCCCCUGCUCCGGUAAAUCAUGGAGAGAGUGUGGAGAUGAACAAAUCCUCGUGGGACAAAGACAGCCGUACCCAGCAGAAGGAGAUGAAUGAUGAGCUUCUGAAGAGAAUUACAGACAGUAGAGCUCAGCCUCCUGCUCGCAACUUCCGGGUGGAGCAUUCUGUCAGAACGGCUCCCAUCACCUACCAGUCUCAGCCAUACGAGGUCCAUGCCUGGCUCAAUGCCAAGGGCUUCUCCCGGCCGGUGGUGGACUGUCUGGGUAUUCUGACUGGAGCACAGCUCUUCUCUCUGAGUAAGGAUGAACUCAAGGCAGUGUGUGGUGAUGAGGGCUCUCGGGUCUUUAGCCAGAUCAGCGUGCAGAAGGCCCAGAUAGAGAGCAACAGUGGUGACUCUGAGCUGGAGGAAAUCAUGAGGCGACGGCAGCAGGAGGUGGACGCUUUUACUUGGGACUGAUUGCCUUCAAUCUGCCUGUCAAUCAAAACCCAGUUCCAUCCUGUCUUUUCAGGUUCACCGCUCACCUAAAACACCCCAACAUUCAGCACAGUGUGAAUGAAUAACUCACUGCAUGCCGUCACCAGACUCUGUAAUAUGCCACAUCUAAUGCUAGCAGUUCAACUGGGCAGCGUGAAAUGGAUUUUAAAGUUUGUUUAUGCUUAUACUGCAUUAUUUAUUCAUACAUGUUUGCACUGAAUAUGUUCAGAUGAAAUAGAGGAGGAUUAUAUGUAUAUAAUAAAGUCUCGCUAUUUACUUUUGUGGCUCUUCCUCCACACUUCAUCUAUGAAAACGUGUGGGGAUGUUCACGAAUACUCAAAAUAUUUCUGAUAUACUGUACCUCAUAUGACUAUCUGGUGCAUUAUCAGUGUGAAGAUAUGGGUGCUUGUAUGUAACACAAUAAAG